CUCAAUGGAUGGAGCCACAUUUAAAGAACCACAGUUUACUGGAAUACAGCUGGCAUCCACUAACUCUGCUAACAGCAGCCAGACGCCUGCAUCUGACAACAAAGAGAAGGCGUCAGCGGCGAAGCCUCAGGAACAGGAGGAGGAGAUCGACAUUGACCUGGAAGCGCCGGAGACGGAGAAGGCAGCGCUCGCCAUCCAGAACCAGUUUAGACGUUUCCAGAAGAAAAAGAAGUAGAGCGACUGACUGAGCACAAAUUAAGAAAGGAUUAAAAAAAAAAUGUUUAAAAAAAAAUUAAAAAUAAUACAAAAAAAAAACUUUCCGCAGAUGUACAGAAAUAAGUGAUUGAAAAAGGGUUGGAGGGGAGGGAGGAAGUGGGAUUUUAACUGUAAGUUCAGGGUCAAGCUUAUUGUCAUAUGCACAGCCAUAUAAUGAGAAGCUUAUUUGCAUGAUUGGGGAGAGAUCAAGUGUUGUGAAUGGAAAGGGCAAGAGGGAAGGGGAGGAAAAAAGAGAGGCAGAUGCGAAAAAAGGUGAAAGUGCGGAAUUUAUAAUAUAGCAUGACAAAAAAUACUGUAACCUCCUGUCACAAAAUACCCCUACAUAUCGCCUGUGUACCCCUUAACGCUCCCGGAACAUGUGACCCCGAUCCCUCGCCCCCAAUACUCCUGCAGACGCGACACAAGCCCAGCAGACGAAGAGAGUUCUGCUCGGAAACUGACACUCCGUUGACUGACAGAACAAGCACACGUCCUUCAGCCUCGACGAAAACAGGAACGCACAAAAGCUUAUUAAAAGAACAGAAGCACACUGUCUUGUUUCCCAGCACUUGUUCCCAUCUCUCCCUUCCGCCUCCUUUUAGUCUUGCAAGUUUUCUUUCAUCAAACCCCCCCCUUCCCUCCUUCCCUCCUUCCCUCCUUCACUUGUUUCCCCCUCCCGAGGAAGAAGGAUGAAAACAAUACUGGCUCAGGUGUAAAAUCACCUCUGCACCGCCUUCCAUUUACAGACAGCGGCCAGAUAUUGUAUCGCUUUAGCCAAUCUGAUCUCAUAGGUGACGGAGGUGGUGGUCAUGGAAACUGGUUGCUAACUCGCGCAGUCAGAGGCAAUUCACCGCAGGCAAGAUCAAUAGGCGAUGGAAAGUAGGCACCCUACACACACACACACACACACACACACACACACACCUCAUUAACACCUCUCUCACAGGCUGCUGUCAAGACUGAUGCAUUAGUUGUCAUCAGUGUCUACAUGAUCCAUUAACAAUGCCACAGUGAUAAUAUAAUCUCUUAAUGCUGUUCAAUAUGGAUGAGUGUAUGACGACCAUACAAAUAUAAUAAUAUAAUAUGUAACAUAAUCAGUCGUUUAAAUGCAGCCAGGGCUUAGUGGCUUUUAACGUGUUCGCACUUAAACUGAGGCUGCCCUGCUUCUGUCACUGUUAGUCCGGGGACAAGUAGUAAUUAUAAAUAAUUCUGAAUUUGUUUUCAAUGCGAUAAGAUUACCAGAUAGGUGGGGACUGCCAGAUUGCCAGAUCAGUUUUCAGUCACAAAAGCCGAUGCUAUUCUUAUCACAUGCGAUAGGUUGACCUACUGAACCCUGAGUUUCUCUUAAAUUUCGCCUGAAGUAGCUUCAAAGUUAGACAACAAAAACAUCUGAAGGUGUUUCACACUUAAAUUGAGUGAAAUAUUUGGGUAUAUAAUAAUAUACCCAAAAUACCAUUAUUUUAUGGCUGCAGCAU